CAUACUUUCUUAGAGUGUUUCACUUGUACAUUUGAUUCUAUCAAGUAUUUGGUAAUAUCAUUAUUUUCCCCUAUUUAAAACUUGUUUAGAGAUAUUUUUUCCUAACGUAUCUCUUGUUUAGUUUAACUAAAACAGUAUGCCGAAGUCGAGAGAAUUCCUAACCACUUCUGAGUCGGAUUCUGAUGAUAGUCCACCCAAGGCAAAAAAACGCACGAUAGAGAAAAAGCCCAAACCAAAGGCGAGUGCUUCGAAAGAAACUCCAGAUGAUGGAAAAGUUCAAUUGGCCGCCAAAAAGUUCGUCAGUAUAAGUGAAUUUAGGAGCCGAAAAUACGUUGAUAUUAGAGAGUAUUAUGAAAAAGAUGGGAAAACUUUACCCGGAAAGAAAGGUAUUGCGCUUGAUGAAGCGGCUUGGAAUAAGCUGAAGGAUAACAUAAGUGUUAUUGAUGAAAUGUUCAAGAAUCGCUAA